AUGAUGAAGGCGGCGGCCCUCCUCCGACGCAUGCAGGUCUCCCGCGAGACCGAUGUCGUCACAACGGCAUACAUGAACCGCGACACGCGGCCCCUCCCGCCCGACCGCCGCACGUACGGGCCUUGGCAGUUCGUCGGCCUCUGGGUCGUCACGGGCUCCUUCAACAUCGGCGGCUGGACGACAGGCUCCUCCCUCAUUGCGCUCGGCCUCAACGUCUGGCAGGCCAUGCUGACUGUCAUCGUCGGGCACUGCCUUGUCGGCCUCAUCUGCGUGCUCGCCGGCGGGCCUGGCGCCAAGUGGCACAUUGGCUUCUCCAUCCUGCAGAAGUCCAGCUGGGGAAUGUACGGCGCCCUGUUCCCGCUCGUGCAGCGCAUCGUGCUGUCUUUCAUCUGGUAUUCGACGCAGGUCUAUUGGGGGGGGCAGUGCGUGCGGACCUUCAUCUCAUCCAUGGCCCCGUCUUUCAACAAGCUUGACAUGCCCCUGGCCAACGGCACAAUGACCGUAGCCGACUUCAUCGGCUUCAUCAUUUUCUCCCUCCUCUGUUUACCUCUGAUCUACAUCCGUCCGGAGCGCUACCAUGUUCCCUUCCUCGUUGCCGCCUGCACUGUUAUUCCUACCGUCUUCGCCCUCCUCAUCUGGUGUCUCGCAACGGCCCGCGGCGCAGGCCCAAUGCUCACAGACAUCACGUCCACGGCCGGCGUCCAACAGGCUCGCGGCUCGCAUCUGGCGUGGAUGCUCGCUCUGGGCAUCUGCACCAACAUUGGCGGUAUCAGCACGCACAUCUUCAGCCAGUCCGACUUCACGCGCUUCGCCCGCCGGCCGCAUGACCAGCUCGUGUCGCAGCUGGUCUUCGUGCCCCUCAACACCAUCAUCGUCGCUUUCAUCGGCAUCGUCUGCACCUCGUGUGCCGCACAGCUGUUCCCGGCGACGGAAGGCACUCUGGUCUGGGAGCCGUACCGCUUCCUCGAUGCGAUGCAGGCCCACUACGGCAACUCGGCCGGCGUGCGGGCGGCCGUCUUCUUCGCUAGCCUGGCCUUCAUCUUUGCGCAGUUCGGCAUCGCCGUCGCCGAGAACGCGCUAUCCAACGGCAUCGACCUGUCGGCGCUACUACCGCGCUUUUUCAACCUGCGCAGGGGCGGGUACCUGACGGCGGCCGUCGCCUUUAUCAUGCAGCCGUGGCAGCUGCUUAACGGCGCGAGCAAGUUCCUGACCGUCAUGGGCGGGUACGGCGUCUUCCUCGGGUCCAUGACGGGCGUCAUGUUCGCAGACUACUACAUUGUACGCCAGCGGAAGCUGAAGCUGACGCACCUCUACGAAGCGACAAGCCAAAGUAUAUACUGGUACCGCGGCGGCGUCAACUGGAGGGCGGGCGUGGCAUGGACGUUGGGCACGUUCUCGCUGCUCCCGGGCUUCGUGAGGAGGGUUCAGGAGCCUACAGUCGAGGAGAGGGGGUGGUCUCACCUUUACUACCUGGCUUGGCCUUUGGGAUGCACCUUGGCCGUCGCGUCGUACUGCCUUCUGAACCGCGUGUCCCCGAUCGAAAGCCCCUGCGUGGUCGAUGACGCGGAUUACUUUGGCACGUUCGGUCCUCUGGAGGAGACGGUGCUUGAUGGGUGCGAACAGACGCCGUCAAAGGUAUCAGCGGAAGAUAAGGAGACGAAAAGCCCAUACAUGGACCAAGAGAAUAUAGCAUGA